AAAAAAGUUGCUCGACUCGAACGGACGCGCAUUUCGUUGGAAUUAAAUUUAACAAUAAUUUAAAGGCAAAGACGGUACAGUAAAAACCCAUCAACAUGGACUGCGGCACUUCUAUGGUCAAAUACAUCCUCUUCAUAUUCAACACCAUUGUGUCGGUCAUCGGCAUUUUGGGAAUUGUAUAUGGCGUGCUGAUUCUGAAGAGCAUUGGGACCAUCGAAGUCAAUGGACAGGUGGGCUUCCCCCCACAGGCUCUUAUGCCGAUCGUUCUGAUCAGCUUGGGCUCGGUGGUGGUCUUCAUCUCGUUCCUGGGAUGCUGCGGCGCCAUUCGCGAAUCUGUCUGCAUGACCAUGAGCUACGCUGUCUUCUUGCUGAUUCUGCUGAUCCUGCAGCUGACCCUUGUCGUUCUGCUGUUCACCAACAAGGAUAAGUUUGAAAACGCCAUGGGCAAUGUCAUCGAGAACGCCUGGAAGUCAGACACCGCCCAGGAGGGAGGUGUCUUCGAUGCCAUCCAGAAAUCGUUGCACUGCUGCGGAGAAAACUCUGCCCUGGACUACAUUUCUAAGGGACAAACUCUGCCCGCAAGUUGCUGCAGUGGAUCUUGCCUGAACCCGACUAACUACUACUCAGGGUGCCGUGGAAAGUUCGUUGAAUUGAUGUCCGCUGGCUCGGAUAACGCCAGAUACGUGGGCAUCGGCCUUAUUGCAGUGGAGCUGAUCGGCUUCAUCUUCGCCUGUUGCCUGGCCAACAAUGUGCGCAACUACAAGCGCCGGAACGCGUACUAAGAGAUAGGUGCACCUAUCAACCACAUCGAGAGGCACACCCACAUCCAGUAGCACACACUCCUCACAUUCUCAUUAACUUUUGCAGUCGUCGAACGCACUUACACAAAGGGAUAAAUAAUAAUAUUUGCAAAUUUCGCCAUUUACUUGGACAUUUGCCAUGAAAGAAACGAGAAACAGCUUAGUUUAAGGCGAUAUGAAACGCUUACAUUUUGUAUAUCCUAUGUAUUAUUGGUAUAAUUCGUUUUUUACCUAUCGAACGAGCAAACAAAGCAAUUUCCAAAGCCUUUGUACAAACGUUUUACUUGUUGAACCGAACCCCCAAAAAUAACAAAAAUACAAACAAAUAAACACGUUAAUAAUGA